AUGGCUGCUCCAGACGCGUUAGUCGACAAGCGCCUCGUCAACUCGGUCACGGAGUACGUCAAGAAUUACAUGGCAAACUACGAUGGCUCGCAUGACUUCCACCACAUUGAGCGUGUGCUCGGGCUUGCGAAGCACAUCGAUGCGCAUUCCCCCGAUGUGCCUGAACGGGAUGCGCAAGUUGUGGUUCUCAGCGCGCUUCUCCACGACGUAGGCGACAAGAAGUAUCUGAAGCCUGGUGAGGACUCGUCCUCUCUGGUCUACGAUCUCCUCAUCUCUUUGGGCUCCAAUGAAAAGCUGGCAAGGAAGGUCCAGACCAUCUGUCUGGGCGUCAGCUAUUCGAGCGAGGUCAAGGAUCCGGCUCGAGUCCAAGAUCUUAUCAAGUCUCACCCGGAGCUGGCCGUUGUGCAGGACGCGGACCGUCUGGAUGCUAUCGGGAGCAUCGGGAUCGGCAGGCUUUUCACCUUCGGGGGUGCGAGGACUCAGCGCUCGAUGGACGACUCGAUCCAGCAUUUCCACGAUAAGCUUUUGAAGAUCCAGAGCAUGAUGAAGACAGAGGUUGGUCGGAAGCUGGCAGAAGAGAGGACCCAGAGGAUGCAAGAGUUCCUGAAGUGGUGGGGUGAGGAAGCUGCAUUCUCUAGCGGUCUUCCAGCCCCAGUCUCUGUUUAG